GGCAUCUCAGGGCCGAGCAGGAGGAAGAGCGAGGGCCACGCUGCAGUAUAUAUAUUGAGGAAAGCCGGAAAGCCAGGCACAGCUCGGCUCCCUCCCGUUCAGCGACAUGAAGACUCUGGUUGUUUUGGCAGUGAUGGUGGCGGCCACCGCCCAUCAGGCCUACGGCAUCCCUGUACCCGGCACUCUCUCCCACGGCACCCACGCCUACGGCAUCCCCGCCUACGGCUAUGGGCGGGUCCCUGUCUCGGACACCUACGAGUUGGCGGCUGCACGUGACCAGUUCUUCAGAGCCUACCAGAACCAGCUGAACACCAUCUAUGCCAUCCGCGCCAGCCGCCCCGCCUACCACGACACCCACGGCCACGGACACCACGGCUCUGCAGGCGCCGUCCACGUGUCCCACGGAACCCACUCCUCUUACGGCACCCCUGCUGUGCACGCCCCCGUCGUGCACACUUCUCACGCCGUGCACGCCCCCGUUGUGCACACUUCCCACACCGUUCACGCCUCCCCCGCCGUGCACCACGAUUAUUAAAACAGUCCAGCAGGAACACGUCGAAAGUAACGGCUUUCAGGAUGAGUUCUUCUCGACGCAGCAAACUGGCAAAUCCUUCUUCGCUGCCAGAACACUAUUACAACUGAUGUCUCCGCCACCACACCCGAUCUCGACAAAUAUGUGUGUACGUACAUGUCAAUAAAUAUUAAGCCUGC